AUUGAUUAGUAUCAGAUGAGUGAGACUUGAGAGUGCAGCAGGAAAUCUGACUGAUCUCUGAGCAGCUCCUGGAAGUGAUGUCAGCUGUGAGGCGGUGGACAGACCCGUCCUGCAGCUCUGUGGUCUGAGAGUCAACACUUGGCAGGAAACUCAGAGAGAAGGAUGGAGGUGAAGCUGUUGCUGCUCGUCUCCGUGCUCGCUGUUCUGGGGGUAACCCUUGUGUCCGGUCGCCAUCCUCACCCCUCAAUGCCCGGAUCGCCGUACAACAUCAGCAGGAACGAUCGCGGCCUCCAGCAGGUCAUCCUUGAUGCUGCCUACUCCUUUAACAACCAAUCAAAUGAUGCCUUCCUCUUCAAACCCGCCACCAUCAAUAUGGCGCAGCGACAGAUUGUUAAAGGGAUUCGGUACAUUGCAGAUUUUCAGAUUUCCAGAACAGUGUGUCGCAAACGAGACAAAAACAACGAUGUGUCCCGGUGUGACUUCCAGCCGCCCGGCCCACUCCACCAGGUGUUUCAGUGUCACGUGGAUGUUUGGAUGAUUCCCUGGGAAGAACCACAGAAGAAGACUCUCAACUUACUUUGCAAACAGUGACCGUAGCAGCGGCCUCCUCCUCCUGAUGACCUUCAUCACCUCCUGCUGCUGUCACUCAUCUUCAUGUCACAUCUUCAUCCGCUAAAGAAACUCUCAGGACACUCGCCCACUUUCACCCCUGUACUCUGAAUAUUUAAGUUUUUCCAAACAGACUCACAGAGAUGAUGAAACUGAACUCUGCUUGUGUGAACUUCAUUUCAGCAAUAAAACG